AUCAUGUAAGACCAUACCUAGUUGUUCUCUUUCUCUGUCCACAAUUAAAUUCGUUGGAUUCUAUCCUGCAGCGUUCUCGCGCACAAAUUACCUAUUUCUUCUGUAAAACGUGAUUUCAGGUUUUGACCUGAGACGAGGAGUUGUCGAUACUCUCUAAUAACAUUGAGAAACUUCACUAGAUGGAGGUGCCUGCUAUGAUAUAGUACAAUUCUAACUUCACUGAUGAUUUCAUGUGUUUGUGUUGGUGUGACAAGAAAUAUUGCAGCAAUAUGUGUUACAAAAUCUGGACCUGUGGUGUGCCUCCCUAUCCCUUACACUUAGUGGCAUCAGACAAACAACAAAAAGACCACAAACUGACCCUUUGCUUGUUGGUAAUGGGUUCUUGUCUUUUGUCUGUUCCCUGUCUGCAAUUAUGUCUCUUAACUCUCCUGACACUCUUUGCUUUAGCUGCUUGCUAUAAAUCCCCAUCAUUUUCACCUUUUUAUGUAUCUGUUCUGUGGUGAAUAAGCAUUUGUUAUAGAAAGCAACAAUGGACUCAGACCCACAGGGGUUUUCAUCCCCAAGUUUUCCCAAGUAUCAUCCAUAUUACCCUCUGACCAUGGAGUGUGGAGGCCUAAUCGAUUUAGGUCUCAGCCUGAGAACCAUACAAAAUGAGACUUACCUCACAUCUGGCCACAAACAUUGUAGUAAUGAAGGAGACAGACGGAAGUGCGGUUAUGUAAAGGUCACUAUGGAUGGGUUUGUGGUAGGUCGCAAGGUUUGUGUUCUUAAUCAUGGAGGCUAUUCAACUCUUGCUCAUCAGCUCGAGGACAUGUUCGGGACGCAGAGUGUGUCGGGACUGAGGUUGUUUCAGAUGGAGUCUGAGUUUUCUUUGGUCUUCAGAGACGAAGAAGGUAUCUGGAGGAAUGCUGGCGAUGUUCCAUGGAAGGAGUUCGUAGAAAGCGUAGAGCGGCUGAGAAUCACAAGAAGAAACGAUGUUAUACUUCCCUUUUGAAGCUUCUCCUGUCUCUCUUCACUCAUUGUUUUAAUUUCCAAGUCAGCUCUGAUCUUUGAUUCUUGAAUCGGAAACCAAACAAAAAAAAAAAGAAUCACUAAAACAAGACUCGUGGCUAAAGGGUAUAAUAAUUAUUCAAUUGUUAGUCUCUUUUUUAUGAGUUUACUUCUUCUCUCUGAAAAUUACAAAUAUCAUCUACACAGUAGACGAAAUGAUCGAAUCCUCAGCUAGCUAGACACAGAACGUAUAAAGUGUUUAUGGUUUGUACUCUUGCGAUUCCUUGAAAGCCUAUCCUCUUGAGAGAGAAGAAACAACUACUUGGGGAUAAAAUCUCUUAUAACUAACGUAGCAUUAAUGUUCAAUGUUAAAAAGUUUAAUUGUUAUAUGUGCGUUAGCAAACGAGUUUGAUCGAUGUGACGAUGUAAAGUGAGGA